UAUUUGUGACCAACUGCAGUCAAGUCAAGUUAACUUCAAACAAAAUGAAAUUCGUGAUUCUCUUCGCCUGCUUGUUUGCUUUGGCUUUUGCCAAUGAAGAAGCCAAUGUCUUAAAGAAUGAUGCCGAGGUCAAUCCAGACAGCUUCAAAUAUGCUUAUGAAUUCGAUAACCACAUCAAGGCUGUGCAGGAAGGUAUCUUGAAGGAUAAGGAUCUCUGGUUUGUCAGUGGCGAAUACGAAUACAUUUCCCCUGAAGGCAAGACUGUUAAGGUUUCCUAUGUUGCUGACGAUACUGGCUACCAUCCAAAAGUUUUCGUUUAAGGCUGUUUUAAAUUUUUUAUAUUUGAAUAAAUUGAAUUAA